AUAAAAUCAUUCCGGUGCUGGGAAAAACCAUUACUUCCAGCCGAACGGUUCAGCGGGCAACAGCAUCAGCUUCGCAGCAGGCAGAUCUACUAAGUGGCUUAAUCAGGUUGUUUGGCGGUCGUAGCUGUUGGUCGGUUUUGGCGAGGAAAACAAAUCUGCAAAAAUGCUUUCCACGAGUGUGCUGUUUAAGAUGCUGCUGGUGACCUCGUUACUGUCGCAAGUGGUUCACUGCCAGCGGUUGGGACGGAGUCGCCGCGAAACGACCCAACCCUCAUUGUCUCCGGUCGCGAUCGGCGCGAAGGUUCGAGAAGAUGGUAAACCGACGGCCGGCAGCAAUGCGGACGAGCUGUUGCGUCCGGCCGCAUCGACAAGGACACAGCGCAGCUAUUAUGGGGGAGGUUCCAGUGAACGAUUGUUCGAUCUGGGACUGCUGAGCCGACCGAGCUACUAUGCGGGCAAUCGGGGAUAUUAUCCGUCCGGAGGCUACUACCCGCAGGGCGGCUAUUUCCCACAGGGAAGUUAUGUGCCGCAGGGCGGCUACUAUCCGUCGACGGGUGGUUACGGCGGAUCGGGGUACUAUCCGGGCACGAACACGCUCGGCGUUGGAACCGGCGGCGGUAUCUACGGCGGCGGCUACGGAGGCUACGGCGGCUUCGGAGGUAAUGGUGGACUGCAGUCGUACUAUGGGUACAACAACGACAACUACUACGGUAACCGCAACCUGGGCUAUGGGUACUACAGCGGCACAUCACCGUCCGGCUACGUAGGCUCAACCCUCGUCAGCGGUUUCCGUGGUUACAACUGACGGCUGGCGACUGCGAUGACCCUCUAUGAUGUCUGACGCUUCGGUGACGUUCGGUGUUGGUUGUGACGUUGUUGUGAUUGUCCCAAUUGCCUGUGUGUGUGUGCGUGUGUCCUAAAGGAGAUGGAAAGCUUGAAACCAAAAACAAAAAAGAAGGAAUCGAAGAAUCUAUAAUGAGUAAUCUCUCCCAAAACACACUCCUCCUAUUUGCGUUAGGUGUAAUAGCUUCGUAGAUCAAACUUUCUACGAGCCCCGGCCGAGUUGGGCGUCGGGGGAAAAAGAAAGCUAUUUAUAGUAUUUAACACCUUUCUACACCUUGCCAUACGCAAGAACGGUACUUCAGCUCACCCGUGUGGUGGUUGAUGUAUUUGCUCGAGUAAAUAAAGAUGUCGAUCAAAGAUCCCCGAGCUCUCCCGUUUGUUUGGGAAGGCAAAAUCAACUAACCCAGCUUACCAUGUCUCAUGUUUGACGCCUCGUUCUAAUUCCAAUCAUUGCCAUCCAUUAAUCGGUUCGAUGGGCCACCGGUGAUACGGAUUCAGCCUGUUAGUUAUAUAAGACGCGAUGCAUUUCACCGGGCGACAUACAGCACUGUCGCAGAGUUGAAGGUAGACACACGCUCUGGUCCGCCAAAGUAGCAGCAUUUUCUCAACAUUUCUCACCCAUUGUUUAAGUUUGCUGAGGAAUGGUUGACGCUGACGCACGGUGCAGUGAACGACUGUUAAUCGUGUCGUUCCGAUGCAGUAUGCAGUUUUGUUUUUUUCGUUUUCCCGUUGGACGCUCUUUCGUUUGGAACAGAGUUGUGAUGCGUUCGUUGCUGCUGCUGCUGGCGAAACUCUUCAAGCGUUACUUCCUUCUUCUGGUAUGCGCUUUCAAGCAGAGUUUCGCAUCUUUGUUGCCGUCGGCACCGGGCAGCUUCUCUCAUUUCGAUAGGGCUUUCCUUGUCCGCUGCUGCUGCUGCUGCCGUUGCGUCUCAAGCGAUCAAAUUUAAAUGGCAAAUUUAAUCAUUUCCUUCAAGCGCUUGAAAAAAAAAUCUGUGUUUAUUUGUUGUACUUCGUUCCGUUGUUUGUUGCAUGAAUGUUAGCGGAUGCGUUUAAAUGGUAGUGGGAACGUUCCGUUGUGUCGCUUUAUGUCCGUGAGUUUUUCUGUAGUUUUCGUAGAACUUUUUGCGGGAAUUAAAGCGUGAUGAUACAUCAAACAUUUUUCAACACACGUUACUAUUAGUCGGUGUUAGUUUGCUGCUGGAUGUUUCAUAUUUCAUCUCUAUGUUUUCACAGCGCCCUUUUACUGACAAAGCAUGGUGUGAACGGGCAACGAACGCAACCAACAGAUUCAACAUCGAUUUUAUUUUGUAUGACAAUUAGACAGAGUGUUGAUGGAGGUGUUGAAUCGUUAAUAAAAGGAUUGGUCGGCUUUUUUAAUUUCAA